AUUAAAUAUCUUCACGGCUAACUCUGAUUCAUUUAAGGCAAAAAUUGUCUUUUUUUCCUAAUUAAGCAUAUGCACGGCUUGCAGAUGGCCCCACAAGAAGUGUCCACAAUGCUUAGAUGGGGACACAACAGCAUCAUAUUCUUGAUAAACAAUGGUGGAUACACAAUAGAAGUUGAGAUUCACGACGGUCCCUACAACGUGAUCAAGAACUGGAGCUACGCUGGGUUAGUUAAUACAAUACAGAAUGGGGAAGGCAACUGUUGGACUACCAAGGUUCGUUGCGAGAAGGAACUAGUUGCAGCAAUUGAAACAGCUAUGGGUGAUAAGAAGAACUGCUUGUGCUUUAUAGAGGUGAUAGUUCACAGGGAUGAUACUAGCAAAGAGCUGCUUCAGUUUGUUUGCAGGCUUGCUGCUGGCAAUAGUCGACCUCCCAACUCUCGUUAGCGUCUGCUUAUUCUGAAGGAAGAGAUGCUAAUUCAGUUUGUGUGGACACUACCAUAAAUGAUGUCUACUUAAUCAGUAAUUUCCCUUUUAAAUA